AUGGAAAGGAAAAUUCAAGAUAACCAAACCCACUUUGCUGGAUUUGUCCUCCUGGGUUUCUCCUCCUCUUCAGAAUUCCAAGGAUUUCUUUUCCCCGUCUUCCUCCCAAUGUACCUACUUACCAUGCUGGGGAACAUGCUGAUCAUUUUGCUGGUCAUCUUCAACAGCAGCCUGUUCUAUGCCCCUAUGUAUUUCUUCCUUGGCCACCUAUCGUUAGCAGACAUGGGACUCAGCUCCACUACAGUGCCCAAGAUGCUCCAGAUCUUGGUGUCUCAGACCAACACCAUUUCCUACAGUGGGUGUCUGACACAGAUGUAUUUCUUUGUGGCCUUUUGCACCAUGGACAACUUCAUCUUGGCCUCAAUGGCAUAUGACCGCUAUGUAGCCAUCUGCCGCCCGCUACAUUACACCACAAUAAUGAGUUACAGAUGUUGCCUGCUGUUGGCCUCCGGAUCUUGGCUCCUGGCAUAUAUCCAUUCUCUGCUAUAUGUUCUUUUGCUUUCAGAGUUUUCUUUUUGUGCUUCCCGGGAAGUAACACAUUUCUUUUGCGACCUCGACCCUUUACUCAAGCUCUCUUGCUCAGAUACCUCCUCUGUUGAAAUAAUGCUUGUCAGUGAGGGUACCACUGCUCUUCUUGGACCCCUAGUGCUCAUCCUCUUCUCCUACAUCUUCAUCAUCAGUAAGAUUUUGAGGGUCCCAUCAACCUCAGGAAAAUACAAGGCCUUCUCCACCUGCAGUGCCCACCUCACCACUGUCUCCUUGUUCUAUGGAUCUCUGAUAGGCACCUACAUCUGUCCCUCAUCCACCAACUCUGGCUCCAGGUUGAGAGUGGCCUCGAUCAUCUACACUGUUGUCACCCCCAUGCUUAAUCCUUUCAUAUAUAGCCUAAGGAACAAUGAGAUACAGAACGCCAUGAGGAGGUUACUGAGAUUUUUUUUCAACAAGGGAAAUUCAGGGCACAGGGGGCGGAGAGAAACAGAGAUUUUCUCAUAA